ACCGAUUACUAGCCUGCUCAUCAAUUUUCUGUCUUUUUAUUCUAUCACCAUAAACUGAAUAUCUUUGUUUUUCCGACAUUACAUGAACAUUGAAGCGGAGCUUGAGAGAAUUGUGACAUUUUCACUGUUUUAUGACAUUUUAUCAACCAAAAAUACAUCAAAUUUGUUGUUGACACAAUGAAUUAGUUCUGAAACUGACUGUGCAGUCUCUAGCCCACAUUGUUCAUAAGGUUAAAAGGUAAAAAAUAAUCUACUCUCAUGCUUAUGCGUGUGACUCUGCAGGAGCAGCUGACCAGACGUAUGGAGGAGCUGCAGGCAGAGCGGUCCAGGACCGAUGCUCACAUCCAGUCUCUGAAGAAACGCAAGGCAGAUCUCUCUAAGAGCACAGAGAGGAUGAAGCAGAAGGUUCGAGAGCACUUUGAGAACAUGCAGUGUGUCCUGAAGCAGGACGAGCAGGCAGUCAAGGACUAUCUGGAGCAGGACCUGAGGCAGACCAGGACCAGACUGGACCAGGUUCUGAAUAACUGGAAACAUCACCAGGACCAGGUCACCAAGAGCAUCGGCAGCAUCCAGAGAGCACUGAGCACCAGCCCGGCAGCAGAGGAAGACGGGAAGGGUCAGUCUGACAAUCUGAGUCCUAAGAAGCCAGAUGCCUCCGAGCAGCAAAUCCGACUGAAUGCAGAGAGGUUUGAAAGGCUCCUGAAAACAUUAUCCUCCAUCUCCAAACAGCUGAAAGCUCAGCUGCAGAGGAAGACUCUCCUGUUAGAUUUAUUCCCUGUGGUGAUUGACAGGCAGACUUGCCAUAGCCAGAUCCUGGUGACCUCAGAGGGGCGGGGCAUGUCCGUAUCCGGCUCUGCCUGCUCAGCUCCGGAGCAUCCCCUCCAGUUUGACAAGGUGUGCUGUGCUCUGGGCUCGUCUCCCGUCACAGCCGGUCAGCACUACUGGGAGGUGGACGUCCGCUGCUGCUCCGGCUGGGCCGUUGGCGCCGCCUACGGGAGCCUGGGGAGGAAGGGCCGGGAUAAGGGCGCCAAGCUGGGCCGCAACAGGACCUCCUGGUGCGUGGAGCUUCGCGACGGCCAUCUUUCCGCUUGGCACAACAACCGGCACGUAGCGUGCCAGGGUGUUGGGCAGACGCCGCUGGGAAAGGUGGGAGUGUGGGUGAGAUACGACAAGGGCCAGAUGGUGUUCUACGAUGCAGACACAAUGGCUGUCCUGCAGAGUUUCUCAGCAGCUGUGACGACCGUGUUCGACCGGGCCCAUCACCAGUUCACCGAGCCGCUGUACCCUGCCAUACGCUUCCUGAGACCAUCGGAGAACCAGACGUGGCCGAAUCACCUUGAGCUCAGUCACAGCAACACUCCAUGAUACUGCAGUCGAACUCCACAGACAGUGAUGGGGAUUCUAUCCCUCCAUGUAUGUAUAGCAUCCCAUCAGAGCAGCUGUUCAGAAGAAAACAUCAUGACAAUAAAAGAGACAA